ACUCCACAGUCAUGAGGAGCCUGGUGAUUCUCACUUUUGUGGUAGCUACCGCCUACGGAUGCGGUCUUCCCAAAUUCCCCCCUGUGCUGACCAGGGUGGUGGCAGGAGAGGACGUCAGGCCCCACAGCUGGCCCUGGCAGAUCUCACUUCAGUCAGACAGCAGUGGGCGCUGGAGGCACGCUUGUGGAGGAAGUCUUCUUUCUUCAGAGUGGGUCCUCACUGCUGCACACUGCAUCAGUGACCGCUACAACUACAGAGUGGAGCUGGGUAAACACAGCCUGAAGACGAGUGAGGAGGGCUCGAUGGCUUUGACGGCAGCCAAAAUCAUUACUCAUGAGGAUUACAACAUCCUGCUUAGCCGGAAUGACAUUGCUCUGAUCAAGCUGUCAUCCCCGGUCACCUUCUCGGACACAAUCAUGUCUGCAUGCAUCCCAGACGAGAGCGUAGUCCUGCCUGAUGGUGCUCCCUGCUAUGUCACUGGUUGGGGUCGCCUCUCCACUGACGGUCCUGCAGCAGACAUCCUGCAACAGGCUCUCCUGCCAGUGGUUGACCAUGAUACCUGCUCGCAACCCGACUGGUGGAGUGUCCUGGCAACAGACAAAAUGGUUUGUGCAGGAGGGGACGGCAUCACUGCGGGUUGUAAUGGAGACUCUGGUGGUCCCCUGAAUUGUCAGAACCCUGAUGGCUCCUGGGAUGUUCAUGGUGUGGUGAGCUUUGGUUCUGGUCAAGGCUGCAAUGUCUUCCAGAAGCCUACUGUCUUCACAAAAGUCAGCUCCUACAUCAACUGGAUGAACACAAUUAUAACCAACUACUGAAGAAGACAUCAAAAUGCUUUCAUAAGAAAUAUGAACAACUCUGAUGAAUAAUGUGUUAGCCCUUUUUCUGCUAAGUAAGAAGGAAGACAAUGCUUUGAGGUCAAACAAGUGUAAUGCCAUUAAUGGAAUGAUAAGAGUUUUGAUCUUCAUGUUCUGAACGCUUUACAAUAAACACUCUUUCUUACCUUAA